CCCCUCCCUCCUCCUCCGCAACCCGGCGCUCAAGCUGGACCAGAUGUUAGCAGCGCACUCGAGUCGCACACGCAGCAAGGUCCAACUUUCAACACCACGAGCUAGGCUCUCGAGAGCUGCUACCCGACGCUCAAGUAAGCCCGCGCUCCGGGUUGCCGGAAUAGGCGCAGCGGUGGAACCGCUGCCACCGACUCAACCCUCGGUACGGAACCACCGACCGGACGCAACGCAGCCUCGGCCCCGGCGCCGGCGAACUCCUAUCGCAGGACAUCAGCAUCGCAGACGCGGCGUGCGCGGGCGUGGGAGGUACCGGAUCCUCCCGGAAGGCCACGCGGUCGGCUACCUCUAUGAAGGUGGGCAGCAGCGGCACGCGUCUCCAGAUCGAGAGACAACUGGACACACACGCAUCGUCAGCGACUCGCGCUCGGAGCGGGCUAGCGAGGACUUACGGCGACGCGGGAGUGGCCAAUAUGGCACCGGAGCUCGCGACCUCCCUGGACAUAGCGACAGCGGUACUCAAAAGCACCGGCUGUGCGCGUCACGCAGGAGGCGCAGGACACAGGGCGCUUGUCGCCGGCAGGGCCGCACCGAUCCUUCUUAAUCUGAGAACGACAUUAACGACAAUUCGACGAGGAGAACGAGCAGCGACGUCGCGGCUUACGGGCGUGUCGGGCGGCGCCGGGCCCGAAACAGGUACUGCUGCUCUUGCUGCCGAAGCUAUCAAGGAGCGCAUGCGCG